CUUUGCAUCUCCGCUCUUCUCCCUCCGCUCCUUUGGAUUGAUCACUGGCCAAGGAGACCUCCAGAGGGCCGGGCACUUUGUGGGAUUGUCCUUGUUCCUCCUGUAUUUGCCGAGUCAAGGGUACAUCUUUGCAGGCUUGGAAAGAUGCUGUUACUCCUGGUGAUGUGAUCGCAUAGCAACACAGCAGCACGGGGUGGUGGAGGAGGAGAGGCAGGGAGCGUGCAGACAGCGGCACUCAGCCUCAGCAUGCGCUGUCCCUGUCACAGGGACUCCUUUGCUGAUUCACAGAGGCAGCCCCAGUCCCUGCUGCCGAAGCCCAGCGGCGGCUGCCCCUGCAUCUCAGACCUGGUGGACUCGGAAGGUGCUCGUGUUCAGAGUUGUCUCCAUCCCCAUGAACGUUGGUUCUGAUGCAGCCCCUGGUGAUGCAGGAAUGGCCCUAUGUCCUCCCACGUUGUCCUGAGUGGCAUGUCACAGACCAGGCACAGCACAGCAGCACUGCCCACCCAGUGUCUCAGGUUGAAGCCUUGCAGGAUGGUGCAGGACAUUUGUGUGUAACCCCCCAGGCUCUGAGCAGUGCUGCUGGGCCCCAGGCUCCUCUGGAGAUGAAUCUUUGCUGGAAUGAGAUAAAAAAGAAAUCCCACAGCCUUCGGGCUCGGCUGGAGGCUUUUUCUGACCACAGUGGAAAGCUGCAGGUACCUCUCCAGGAGAUCAUAGACUGGCUCGGGCAGAAGGAUGAGGAACUCUCGGCACAGCUGCCCCUGCGGGGCGAUGUCCUCCUGGUGCAGCAGGAAAAGGAGAUGCACGCGGCUUUCAUGGAAGAAGUGAAAUCUCGGGGACCAUACAUUUACUCUGUCCUGGAAUCAGCACAGGCUUUCCUUUCCCAGCAUCCAUUUGAGGAAUUAGAAGAACCAACUUCAGAAAGCAAAGAUGUCUCCCCCCGGCACAGGAUCCAAAACAUCAGCCGCUUUGUCUGGAAGCAGGCCAAUGUGGCCAGUGAGCUGUGGGAGAAGCUCACAGCCCGGUGCGUGGACCAGCACCGUCACAUUGAACGGACACUGGAGCAGCUGCUAGAGAUUAAAGGGGCCAUGGAGGAGCUCAGCACAACACUGGACCAGGCUGAAAGUUUGCGCAAAACCUGGGAACCCAUUGGGGACCUCUUCAUUGACUCCUUACCGGAGCACAUCCAAUCAACCAAGCUGUUCAAAGAGGAGCUAUGCCCCAUGAAGGAUGGGGUGAAAGUGGUCAAUGAUCUUGCACACCAGCUUGCCAUCUCAGAUGUCCACCUGUCCAUGGAGAACUCCCGUAUCCUGGAGCAGAUCAACACACGCUGGAAGCAGCUGCAGGCCUCUGUAAAUGAACGUCUGAAGCAGCUCCAAGAUGCCCACCGGGACUUUGGACCAGGCUCCCAGCACUUCCUCUCCUCCUCUGUCCAGGUCCCCUGGGAGCGAGCCAUUUCUCCCAACAAAGUCCCAUACUACAUCAACCACCAGGCUCAGACAACAUGCUGGGACCACCCGAAGAUGAUGGAGUUGUACCAGACGCUGGCGGAUUUGAACAACAUCAAGUUCUCAGCAUAUCGGACAGCUAUGAAACUACGACGGGUGCAAAAAGCCCUGCGAUUGGACAUGGUGACCCUGGCCAUGGCCUUGGAAAUCUUCAAUAAGCACGACCUGCAGCCCAGUGACCGGGUGAUGGACGUGGUGGAGGUCAUCCACUGCCUGACCGCCCUCUACGAGAGACUGGAGGAGGAGCGGGGCAUCCUGGUGAAUGUGCCACUCUGUGUGGACAUGAGCCUCAACUGGCUGCUGAAUGUCUUUGACAGUGGCCGCAGUGGGAAGAUGAGGGUGCUCUCCUUCAAGACGGGCAUUGCAUGUCUGUGCGGAACAGAGGUCAAGGAUAAGUUUCAGUAUCUCUUCAGCCAAGUGGCAAAUGCUGGAGGACUGUGUGACCAGCGGCACCUUGGCAUCCUGCUCCACGAGGCCAUCCAGGUCCCGCGCCAGCUGGGGGAGGUCGCAGCAUUUGGGGGCAGUAAUGUGGAGCCCAGCAUCCGCAGCUGCUUCCGCUUUAGCAAUGGGAAGCCCACCAUCGAGGCGUCCCAGUUCCUGGAGUGGGCCAACCUGGAGCCGCAGUCCAUGGUGUGGCUGGCCGUGCUGCACCGGGUGACCAUGGCUGAGCAGGUGAAGCACCAGACCAAGUGCUCCGUCUGCCGGCAGUGCCCCAUCAAGGGCUUCAGGUAUCGGAGCCUGAAGCAGUUCAACGUGGAUAUCUGCCAGACUUGCUUCCUCACUGGGCGAGUCAGCAAGGGCAACAAGCUGCACUACCCCAUCAUGGAGUACUACACCCCGACCACAUCCAGUGAGAACAUGAGAGACUUCGCCACGACGCUGAAGAACAAGUUUCGGUCCAAGCAGUACUUCAGCAAGCACCCACAGAGAGGUUACCUGCCCGUCCAGUCUGUACUCGAGGCUGACUUCUCCGAGACACCAGCCUCCUCCCCAAUGUUACCACAUGCCGACACCCACUCCCGGAUCGAGCACUUUGCCAGCAGGCUUGCAGAGAUGGAAAGCCAGAACUGUUCAUUCUUCAACGACAGCCUGUCCCCUGAUGACAGCCUGGAUGAAGACCAGUAUCUGCUGCGCCAUUCCAGCCCUAUCACCGACAGAGAGCCUGGGGGCAGCCAGCAGGUUCCGGCAAGCCUCCACAUGGAUGACAAGGGAGAGCUGGAGCAAAUCCUGGCACACUUAGAGGAUGAAAACCGGAUCCUCCAGGGAGAGCUGAGACGUUUGAAAUGGCAGCAUGAUGAGGCGGUGGAGUCUCCAACCUUGGCUACAGGCUCCCCUGAAUCAGUGCAAGACCCACGUAAUGAUGAGCUCCUGGCAGAAGCACGAAUCCUCCGGCAACACAAGAGCCGCUUGGAGACCCGCAUGCAGAUCCUGGAGGACCACAACAAGCAGCUGGAGUCCCAGCUGCACCGGCUGAGGGAGCUGCUGCUGCAGCCUCUGGUGGAGUCAGAUGGCAACGGUUCAGCAGCCUCUUCCUUGGCUUCAUCUCCGCAUCAGUCUGAAGGCAGCCAGGCAAAGGAGAAAGAGCACAACACCCCUGACACCGAAGCUGCAGAUGAGGUGGAAGCCAAAACCCAGGAAGUCAGCGUGUGCCUGGAGGACAUCAUGGAGAAGCUGCGGAGCGCCUUCCCCAACUCCCGAGGUACUCGAGUGAAAUCCCCCUCUCUGGCCUCUUAUUGCUCCCUCAGAUGAGGUUUUACCCGUGGAGCUCUGCCCCGAUCCCAGCUUCCCUGCGACAGCUGAUCCCCCACAGCACCUCCAGUCAAGACCUAUGCUGCCACAGUGGUGCUGGGACUGAUGUGUGGCCUGGGCACAGAGAGGUUGGGGAGGAGGUUUCACACCUGCGAAGAGAGGCAAUCAGGUCUGCCAAGAGUAUGGACCAACUAAAUCCCCCCAGAUGAGCUGCAAGGCAGCCUCCUGCCCUGCUUGGAACCCUGCACCCCAUGUGGCUCCCCCCUGCGAAGAUGGACAGACCUGCCAGCAUUGAGUUUACAGCAAUCAUCUUGAGCCAUCUCCUCACUUCAUCCCCAUCCAGACCCCUCUCCAGGAGAGGAUGAGGCCUCAGUUACCUGGCGAGAUGGAAGCAAUGGUGCGACCUCUCCUAGGUGCUCAUGGAUGGCUCUUCACAGCAGGGAUGGGAACUGGGUGUGUGUGUGUGGACAGUGCUCCACUUGCCCAGCGGGGUUUGGUGUUGGUCUUUCUGCUCUUCCUCUGUGCACCAGCCCAGAAGCAGCAUGCAGUCCCUCACCCAGGCUGCUCACACACAUGCAGGGAGCGAGACAUUGCUUGGUGCCAGCACUAACGCAAAGCAGGGGAGAGCUUCCCUCUCUGCCCAUGUAGCCCCUCACCCAUUUUCUGCCACCUCUGAGCGGGAUCCUCCUGGCUCUGCAGCAGCCCUUUUCUAACCAGGUGGCUCUGGGUCCUAUUUUCCUGAUGUCUACAUUUCUCUUUCAGGUAUGACCUCCCUUAUCUAAUACCUCCUGUGAGCCAGAGGCUUUUCCUAACCAGGCUGCUUUCCUCCCCCUCCUCUCCCUGCUAUGCUCCCUGUGCUGCAGCAGGCCUCGUACAGACUCCCUGCGAGCUGGUUGUGCAGGAUGCUGGCCAGCUCCAGAAGAUCUCAGGGGAACAUAGGUCAUGCAGGAGUGGGACUGUGGGCUCCCCAGGAGGUUGGCUCGGUCACUUGGCCACAGUGACCAAGCCUGGGUGGAAAGGUUCAGAAGAAAGAACAGAAGCUCUGAAAGCUGCCUGUCUCCCCCAGUGUUUGCAGGCUGCUUCCUUUGACCACGGCCCUCAGCAGAUGCAGAGCUCAGCAUCCCAUUCCUCCUCAGUUGUGCCCAGGGGCCUCUAGGUUUACAGACACCAAAACACUCCUGGAGCCACCUAGUUUUUAAAAGAACUCUUUCUAACAGCAUCCAGCUGCCAGCCUUAUGGAUUGAACUGUCUCUGCCACCCAGGGCUCUGCAGCCAACCAGGCACAUACUGUCUGCUGGGAAGAGUCUGUGAGUUUUAUGGGGUAGGGUGGAGUCCAUGUUAGAGCUUCAGCCCAGCUAGUAGCCUUAUCUUGAGAGGGUCUUUAUAACAGAGCCUUAUCAUCUAAUUUGCAUAUAUUUCUAUAUAUUAUAUAUAUAUUCUGUACUUAAAUACUCUCAUGGACUCACUCCAUUAAAUUCUAAUACUGUAAAUGCAGCUGCCCUUCACUUUCAGUCCAGCCCAACAUCUGCUCCUGCAGGGACUAGCACCCUUCCUAUUGCUGGUGCUGCCUUGGAUCAGGGCUGCUGGGAGGAGCUCAGUAGAGGGCCGGACCUCUGUACCACCUGGUUUCCUGGGGAGCUGUGCCUUUGCCAUGACACAGAGCGCCUGUCCUGCCUGGACCCAGCUCCAUCCCUCGGGAACCUCAGCUUCUGCAGCUGCCCAUCCCCACAGUGGUGUGGGAAGGGAUUUCUCCGGCCAUAGCUCCAGCCCUGGAGCCACCAGAACGUUGGGCUGUAAUGCUGGAGCAUAGUGGUGCAGGCAGGCAGCAGGACAGGCAAGGCACAUUCUUGCUGCCCCCAAGGAGCAACUGCCCUGCUGUUGUCCCCUAAUUUGAGCUGGGCUGAGGGGCUGGAGGCACUUGUUGGAAGCAGGCGAGUCCAGCCAGGUAGUGGAGGAAGCUGUUCUGCUAGCUGGCAGGGCAGCUUGGUGGUCGUGGGUACUGGUCCCAAAGGCUCCCUCAGGCUGGCUGUCUUAUGCUGUGUUAUGUUGAGAAAGAAGUAGAGUCAGGUGUUGUAGGGUUCCUCAGAGUGCAGGCUGUGAUGGCCCUGGUGCUCUGGGGCCACAGGCUGGGGGAAGAUGAGAUGCCUGAGCCCUCAGGGUAGGGCUGCAUGCUGGUGUGAAGCAUCCUGCCCAAAACAGGGCUUGCUGCAAGGACAGGGAUGGGGCUGCAGUUGCUGGCUGGGACAGGAUACGGUGGUGAGCCGUUUGAGGAGGUUCAGACCAAGGCAGCGUGUGGGGGCACAGGGCUGCGCAGGUGGUUGGCUUUGGCAUGCUGGCAGAGGUGUGAAGCAGUGUCCACACUGGGGAUUAGACAGUGCAAGCCUUACGGCCAGGUGUUCGGGGUCUUGCACUGCAGUGGCCGCUAGCAGCAGUGUGGGUUGCUGUCCUUGCCAUCCCUUCUCACACCCAGGCAAGCGGCAGGAGUGCAGGAGCAGUGGCAUUGGUGCUAGGCUGGCUGUAAGCAUCCAUGUGUGUCAGGCUGCUUGUUUGACCCUCUUGGGGGACCACACGCCAGCCUGCAAUACCUGGCUGGACCACCCCACCCCACUCCCCCCAUUACGCUAGUGGCAGGAUGGGGGGAGUGGGGGAAGGAGCAAGGUUUUGGCCUGAGGAUGAGGUCGGGUGUACCCAGCCUGGGGGGAGAUGGAGGAAGGAAAAUACAGGCUGAGGGCAGAGCUCCUGGCCCUGGUGCCAGGUGUGGGGAGCGGUGGUGGCCAGACGGGGUGCUUGGGUGGUUGGGUACAGGGUGAGUGCAGGCUGUGCUUGGGAGGCAGGAUGCAUCAGGGAGGGGAGCAGGCUGGCUAAUGCUCUGGUAACCAUGUACUGUGGUGCUGCUGUCCUUGCUGCUUCAUGCCAUCUCUGCUCUGGAAAGAGAAUAAAUUUGUAUUUAUACUGAGA